AUGUCCUUUCUGCGCUGCAUCGCGUCGGCCACGUGCUGGCGACUCGUGCUGGCACUGGUCGUAGCCACGCUCGCACAGAAGAACAAUGCAACGACCCAAGCCAACGAGUUUGUCAACGGCAAGGUCCGCAGCGAUGGCAUCGAGUACGCGUCCUUUGACGUACGCCCCGGCACGGCGCAGGUCGUGCUGACGUUUGCGCGCAGCGACCUCCACGGCCGCGUGCCCCCCGUGCUCUUGCUCAAGCACGGCAGUCUCCCGACAACAACCGACUACGACGUUCGCUUCAACGGCACGUCCGAGUCGUACUGGCUUGCGCAGACCAUUCCUGACCUCCGCCUCGGUCGCUACUUUAUUGGUGUCUGGGGGGGCGCCCUCGAGAGCUCGAUCAUGGACUUUGGCAUGGGCCCGACCACCAAUGUAUGGUAUCACCUCGUUCUGCAAUUCCAAGGGUGCCUCGACACGACCCACCUCGGCUCCGAGUGUGCCUACUUUGCUUGGCCCCUCGUGGCCUUUGCACCAGAAGAAACCAGCGCCGUCGUCAACGCCGCCCAAGUUGCAAGCACCUCCUUGCCAAGUGCGAGCGGGUGCUUUGACCCGAACCAGUUCAUCGCGUUGUAUGCGCUCACGCUUACGCCCGAGGCAUCCUUCGCCGUUGACAUUUCCCUCGCCAAGGCUCCGGGAACACCCCAAUCGUUCUUUUAUGCGCUCUUCCACGACCGCGCCAACCCGCUGGAUGCUUCAACAACGGCAUUCCUGAGCGGUCAGGGUGCCCUUGGACGCCGCAGCUACCGCAUGAAUGUUCUGUCACCCCCCGAAGGGGUGUGGUACCUCUUGCUCUACCUCGACACCCCCGACAUGACGCUUUGUUCCAACGCUCGCGGUGUCAAGUUCAACGUCACGUACACCGUCCAGGGUUGCACGGCUUCCUUGACCACUGUAAACGACUGCAACACCGACUGGGUCCAGCUCGACGAAAUCAUUGUCAACCCAACGCGGUCUCUAAGUGUUGUCGACCGAUGGUACAUGGCAAGCAACCCCGUGGUUUCGGUGCCCGUCACAGCGUCGACCUACGGCUUGGGCUACACCAUGCGACUCGCACCCGAUAUGGCGGGAACCAACCUCCUUUUUCACGUGAUUGUACCGGCAACCUUUCCCAUCGCAUCGCUCGUCAUGCUCGUCGGGGUCGACGAGUAUCCGUCCGAGGCGCGCUAUGCAUAUCGCUUGGACGGUGCCCAGGCAAGUGUGACACGUGGCGUGUCAUCGAGUGUCGGCAGUGCGCUCACGAGUGAGAGCAAAUUCGUGCAAGACGAGGUCGCGGCCGUCCAUCGAAACGGCUCCGUCACGCUCUCGUGGCCCCCCCUGCGCUUCCCCCCGUCGGCACGUGGUACAUUGCGACCGUGGACGCAAGGACUUGUGCUCCAAGCCCAAGGCUGCAGCGACGACAUGUGCGGAGACUCUGGCUACUGCGUCACCAAGACGACGUACCAGGGCCUCGUGUAUUCUCGCUGUGUCUGCGCGUACGGUUAUGCCGGACCGUUCUGCGAUACAGUUACCAUUGUGGAAGAGCAGUGGCACGGCUGGUUCCUCGUCAUCACCAACGUGGCCAUCGUCCCGGCGACCGUCGCUGCGAUUCGGCGCCAUCUUUAUGUGGAAGCGGUGCUAUUUGGAGCACUCGGUGUCGCGUCCAGUUUGUACCACGCGUGCGACCUCAACUGGUUUUGCGCGCUGCCGUUUUCAGCUCUCCUGAGCCUCGACUUUGGCCUCUCGUUCAACAGCAUUCUGCUCUGUGUGUUUCACCUCUCUGGCGUGAGUCCCCGUGCCAAGGCCAUCGCCCAAGUGGUCGGUGGUGUCAUGCUCAUCGUUCUCCUUGCCAUCAACCCCACAGCGCCCAUCAACCUCGUGCUUGUCGGUUGCCUUGGUGCUGGCCAGCUCCUCAUCGCGUGGACAGGCUACUUUGUGAUUGCAGCCUACCGAACGCGCUGGCGUGUUUCGUUCUACACCAUCGGCAAGCUCUUUGUCUUCAACAGUGACAACUUUAACCUGCGAAUGGUCGGCCUCGGAUUGAUGCUCUGGCUUGGAGCGCUGCUCUGCUGGUUCUUCAACUCGUCUCCGUCCUACUGGCUGCUUCACUCGCUCUGGCAUCUCUGUGCCAUGUCGGCGGCCGGUGCCUUCGUUGUCGCCAAGCGCGCAAGCACGUAUCGCAUCAUUGACAGCAACGGUGCCGAUCUCCUCCGCGCACUGCCGGAAGCCAAGCCGUCGAUGCGCAACGUACUGGUGGCGCCGCUACCGACCACAAAUUCCGAGUCGCUCAAGGACACCAGUGCAUCGUGCAUCCUUGUCCUCGACGCGUAG